UCGGGCAGCGGCCGCCGCGGGGGGCGGCAAGCGCGGCCGGCCCCGGCAGCAUGGAGGACGAGGAGGAGAGGGAAGAGGGCCAGGAGAAGGAAGAGGGCGAGGAGAAGGAGGAGGAGGAGGAGGAGGAGAAGGAGAAGGAGAAGGAGAAGGAAGAAGAGGAGCCGCCGCCCUGUCCCCUGACCGAGGAACACUUCAAGGAGGGCCUGUCUCUCCUCUGUAAGACCGGCAACGGGCUGGCCCACGCCUAUGUGAAGUUUGAAGCCAAAGACAAGGGCCUGACAGACAUCAGCCUCCUCGAACACUUCAUUCACCUGCGGUAUGUGGAUUUGUCAAAGAACAAGCUGAAAGAUUUGGCCCCCCUGAGCAGCCUAACCCAGCUGCUUUGGCUGAAGGUGGAUAGGAAUCUGCUUACCAGUGCCAGCAUGCAGGAGCUGCCCUACCUCCAAGUCAUCAGCUUUGAUCGCAACCGCAUCGUGGAUUUUGAGGGCAUUACUCACCCCCUCCUAACCAACCUCAGCCUGAAAGAUAAUAAAAUUGAGACAGUUCUGGGCCUGAGUCACGACCAUUUGUUCAGCCUGCAAGUCCUGGAGCUGCGAGGGAACAAGAUGAGCACCACAGCAGGGCUCGGUAUUUCCAAGCUCAAGAAGCUCUAUCUGGCCAAGAACACCAUUUGCAGCCUUGAAGGCCUUGAGGAGUUGGAGCAGCUGGAGAUUCUGCACCUGCGUGACAACAAGCUGGAGGCCCUGGAUGGAUUCUCUGCUAGCAUGAAGUGCCUGCAGUACCUCAACCUACGGAACAAUGGGAUCAAAAGCUUUGAGGAGGUGGGAAAGCUGCAGGUGCUGCCCAUGCUGCAGGCGCUGGUGCUGAUGGACAAUCCGUGUGCCCAAGAACCUGACUACCGGCUGCAGGUCCUGUCCUGGCUGCCACGGCUGCAGCGCCUCGACAAGGAAACUGUCGAGGAGGAGGAGCAGGAAGAGGCCGAGAAAAUGCGACAGACAAGGAAGGAAAAAGAAAAAGAAAAACAAAAGGAAAUGCAAGAAUCUCUUGAGGAUACAGUGCCUGAGUGACCCGUUUUUAACACCUGUUCCCAGAGGCUGUCAAGAUGUAGUGAUGCCUCUCCUCAUUUGUGAGGCUGAGAAAGUGAGAGCUGUAGGUACCAGCUUCACCUCGUUUUACCUCUGGAGAAAAGAGGAGUGCUACCCACCCUGGUCCUGGAAGCUGCCCUGAGGCACUGCAGUGUUUUUGCAGUCACUGCACUGUGUUCUAUUCUCAGUAGGCCUGAGAGGGGAAAGGGGAGAGUUACAGGUCCUGUGGUUCAAUUUGAUUCCCAAAAACCCUGCAAGAUUUUCUGAUUUGAAUAAAAAUAAUUAAUGAGCCUGGA